AUGAAAAGCGCGGAUCUGUUCCUGCUGGCAUGUUGUUUAUGCAGCCUGAGUGCAAUGGGAGGUGCCUCUGACAUGGAGAAGGUUGUGUUUAAGAAGAUCUUCCAAAACUACAAUGUGAAGGUUCGCCCUGCGUCUACCCCUGAAAAGAGGGUGGUGGUUCGUGUGGGUAUGGUCCUCUCUUCCUUUGUUGGACUGAAUAUGAAAAAUGAAGAAAUGAGCACAAUUGUUGUCAUGAAUCUGGAAUGGACAGAUCAUCGAUUGACAUGGAAACCCAAGGAACAUGAUGGGAUUGAGGUGAUGCGUUUACCUGCUGCGAAGGUUUGGCUGCCUGACAUUGUCCUCAUCAAUAAUAACGAUGGGGUGUUUGAUGUGGCCCUUCAUGUUCAUGUUCAGGUUUAUUAUAAUGGAAGAAUAACCUGGACUCCCCCUGCACUCUACAUGAGCUCUUGUGGAGUUAAGGUAACUUAUUUCCCAUUUGACUGGCAGAAUUGCACCAUGCAGUUCCGCUCCUACACCUAUGACUCAACAGAGAUCGAUAUACAGUAUGCACUGGACGCGAAAGGCAAAGAGAUCCGGGAAAUCCAAUUGGACGAGGCUUUCAGCGAGAGUGGCGAGUGGUACAUCAGACACAGGCCGAGCAAGAAGAACAUGAAUGAUGAUCAGUAUGAAGACAUGACCUUCUACCUGAUCAUUGAGAGGAAGCCUCUGUACUACAUCAUCAAUAUCAUCCUCCCUUGCAUCCUCAUCACCAUCAUUGCCAUCUUUAACUUCUACCUGCCUCCGGAUGCAGGAGAGAAGAUGGGUCUGUCCAUCAACGUCUUGCUCACCCUCACUGUGUUCCUGCUGCUGCUGGCUGACAAAAUUCCUGAAACCUCAUUGGGCGUUCCUAUCAUCGUCAAUUACAUCAUGUUCACCAUGAUCCUCGUCACCUUUUCUGUCAUCCUCAGCGUGGUCGUGCUCAACCUGCACCACCGCUCCUCCAACACCCACCAGAUGCCCAUGUGGGUCCGCAAGAUCUUCAUCCACAUGCUGCCUCCUUACCUGGGCAUGCUGCGGCCCAAAGUGGAGACCCCCCUGUCCUUAGAGAUCCUGCCCCGCCGGGUGAAAAAAGUGGUCGCCAUCAGCAAAGCUUCUGAUGAAUACUUCAUUCGAAAGCCUGAUUGCUCCGUCUUGUUCCCCAAGCCCAACAGGUUCCACCCGGAGGGAAUGUGUACUGACCUAAGAAAGUUUAUCGAUGGACCCAGUAGCUACCUAACGCUACCUGAUGAGCUCAAGUCAGCCAUAGAGGCCAUCACGUAUAUCGCCGAAGCCCUGCAGGCUGAGAAGGACUAUACAGCUCUGAAAGAGGACUGGCAGUACGUUGCCAUGGUGGUGGACCGCAUGUUCCUCUGGAUCUUCGUUGUCUUCACCACUGUGGGCACCUUGGCUAUCUUCGCCGAUGCCAGCUUCAACCACACACCUACCGACCCUUUCAAAUCCCCCUGA